GAAAAGGAAUUGUAUCAUAUGUAUGUCAUCCAGAACCUCUACUCUUUUGAACCCUUUGCUGAUGCAAGUGAGGGUAAUGAUCUGUUUCCUGCUGGGUCUGAGAAUUAUAUCCCCAUAAGAAUUCAACAGAGGAACAGUAGGAAGACCCUUACUAAUGCCCAAGGCAUCGCUGGUGAUUACGAUAAUAGGAAACUAGUGAAGGUGUUUAAGAAGGAAUCUGCCUGCAAUCGUACCACAGUUGAGCAUCCGGAAUAUGGAGAAGCAAUUUCGUUGCAGGGUGACCAGCACAAGAACAUACGCAGUUCCUCACAGAGAGUGGACUGGCUAAGGAUGAUCAGCUGAAGGUUCGUGGGUUUUACUUGUCCCAAGUUUAAAAACCUCAUGGUUUGUAUAGUGUCACCAUUUGGGGUCUGCUUUUAUUUCUGACUAGUGUAACGCCUUCAUGCGAUAAAGUGAAAAGAGCCA